GCGCGGAAGUAGUCCCACCGUUCAAGCAGGAUGGGUCGCAUUAUCCGCGGUCAGCGUAAGGGUGCCGGCUCGAUUUUCACGAGCCACACCGACAAGCGCAAGGGCGCCGCCAAGCACCGUCAGCAGGACUUCGCUGAGCGUCAUGGCUACGUCAAGGGUGUUGUCACCGACAUCAUCCACGAUCCCGGACGUGGUGCUCCCCUCGCUAAGGUGACUUUCCGCAACACCAAGCGCUUCCAGCACGACAAGGAGCUCUUCGUCGCGGCCGAGGGCACCUACACCGGUCAGUUUCUCUACUGCGGCAAGAAGGCUCAGCUCGUGGUUGGCAACAUCCUCCCCGUCGGCUCCAUGCCCGAGGGUACCAUCAUCUGCAACGUGGAGCAGAAGCUCGGCGACCGCGGCGUCCUCGCCAAGGCUUCCGGCGAGUACUGCAUCCUCAUCUCCCACAACCCCGACACCGGCUUCUCCCGCAUCAAGCUUCCCUCCGGCUCCAAGAAGACGAUCCCUUCCGGCUGCCGCGCCACCGUCGGCCAGAUUGCGGGCGGCGGUCGCUGCGACAAGCCCAUGCUCAAGGCGGGCGCCAACUACCACAAGUUCAAGGUGAAGCGCAACUGCUGGCCCAAGGUUCGUGGUGUGGCGAUGAACCCCGUGGAGCACCCUCACGGUGGUGGUAACCACCAGCACAUUGGUCACGCCUCCACCGUCCGCCGCAACAGGCCCGCCGGUGCCAAGGUCGGUCUCAUCGCCGCCCGCCGCACUGGCCGCCUUCGCGGUGUCAAGGGUAUCAUGGCCGCCAAGGCCAAGGAGGGCAACUAAACGGUGUUUUAGUGGCUAUCCUCACGGAUACUGGGCUGGGGUUGAUGAGGGUCGCGAUUGGAUAGAGGCGACCGACCGACGCGUGUACUCAACGCGGGUGGUCGGUGUGUGGUAUCUAGGAGCGGUCCUUGCAAUAGAGAUAACUUUUCACUCGACGC